GGCGCAGCCUCCGUCAAUCUCAAGAUACUGGGGGCGCCAGAUGCAGAUUCAUUCGUUGUCGCAUCGAAGCCAGAUGAAGUUUUUGUCGCCGCCGCAAAGUGGCCCAGACCAGCGACAGAUGAAGUCUGGGAUAGCUGCAGACAAAAAGGGUGUUUAAUUGAAUGGUCGAUGCACCACAAUAAUGACCAAGUUGGACUCUGUUUUCUACCCCCGCAGAUAAGUGCAGAAUCUCCAUUCCAGACCUGGGAAGAUCUCACAACGUGGUAUUGGCACGAAUACCCAGAAGACAAGAUGGGCAGCGAUGAUGAUAGCCAAUUACGCGAUGAUUGGGGCCUUGACGAUGCAUUAGACGGGCUUGGACUUUCUUCGUAUACGUACCUGCGCAAAGGAGGCAAAAAUCGAAUCCUCGGUAUGGCCCACGUCGACCCUUACGGCUUGUCUAUGGCCGACCACCAGACAUACCAAGUUAACGGCCAAACUUAUCGGGCAACCGAUGCUGAUUAUACGAUGUCGUUCAACACGGAGGAGGGUGUUAUCAUUGGGUUAAGUCGCGAGGGCCCUGCGACGAGCGCUCUACGUCGAAAUCCGUCGAUUCCAGCAGCUCAAAUGCCCAUACUCCAUCAAUUCUCUGACGUGGGCUGGCUUACAUGGCAAGAGAUGACAAAGAGGGACGGCCAUGAUGCCAAAAAUCUUCGAUAUCUGAUUUCUGUCUCCAUCGAAAAUCAAAAAACACUAUCAGUGUGCCGUAGGGUAUUCAUCAAAAACAGGUGGAAGGGCGGACCCUGGCCAGGGCUUACACUGAAAGCCGGUACGGAUGACUUUAAUGCCAUCUUAGGUACCCCGAACAUGCAAGGGUACGGAUACAUGCUGAUUCAGCACAAAGCGAAACUCGGUAACAUAUACAUCAGCAAAAUCCAAGUCUUUGCGUGCACCGGAACCAGAAUGGUCUUUAUCGUCGCACACGUAUCCCAACCACGAUCCGCUCCAGCGUCGGUCCCGGACCAGGGCGUUGAGGAACAACCAUCAGGUAGAGUAAGACGCGACGAGAACCACAACUUGGUUCGUACUCAGAAGAUCUUCGCGAAGUUAUGAGGUGAGGAUUCGUCGUGCAAAAGAAGGACAGAAAGUACCUGGACUUGUGGCUGUCAGUUGGGUGUGACUGCCCGGGUUAGAUUUGGGUGCUGGGUCGCGCAUGCCUUGAUGAGACAUCAGGCAUGCGCGCCCCUUACUGGCUGAAUUUGGGUCCUUUGCUUUCCAAACUCAAUACUUUCUC